UUGGUUCUCUAGUUGCUGUAGGUGUUUUUAUUUGUUUAGGAGGAAAAGACUAAAUAUUUUUUGUUGAUUCACCUUGAAAACGUUGGUUUCUUGUUCAGUUUAUCAAGAUGAUGCUUAAUAAGAUUUUGACAAAAGCGUGUAAACAGAUCAAUUGUGCUGCCGUUACGCGCACUUACGCUGCCGCCGCCCUGGCCCCGGAAACUUCCAAAAUUGAAAAAACAAUUAAUCAAGUCACAUUACUUGGAAGAGUGGGCGCCGAACCACAGAAGCGUGGCAACGAGGAUCAUCCUGUAGUGGUUUUUUCUAUAGCCACUCACAUUAACUACAAAUAUGAAGGAGGUGAUCUUAUGCAAAAAACUGAUUGGCAUCGGAUCUGUGUGUUCAAGCCAAACUUGAGAGAAACUGUGUAUAAUUACAUGAGAAAAGGUCAGCGUGUGAUGGUAAAUGGCCGAUUAAGUUAUGGAGAAAUAAAAGAUGAAGAAGGUAAGAUGAAGAGUACAACAUCGAUCAUAGCCGACGACAUUGUAUUUUUUCAAUAAUUGU